GAUAUCCAAUUCUUUCAAAGACUUCUCUAUUAAUUCUCAACCUGUUGCUCUUAGAUUAAAAUUAUUACAAGUCCUGUCGAAUGGAGUUGAUAAUAGAUGCUGAAGGUCUUGAGCCAGUGAGCCCUGCAGGACAGUAUUUCAACAGUAAAGUGAUGUCGGUUUCUGUUCUUGCCAUGUUGGAAUUCGAAAUUCCAAUCGAUGACUUGCAAAUUAUGUCGCUCAUCAAAGAUGUUUUCCUCCCAAUCAACCCACGCUUCUCUUCGAUCAUGGUGGUGGGAAAGAAGGGAGGAAGAAAAUGGAAGAAGGUGGAAGUGAAUGUGGAAAACCAUGUACACUUCCCCUGUUUUUCGUCUCCAGAGGGCUCAUCAUCUCCAUCCGAUAAUGACAGUCUCCUCAAAAGUUACAUUUUGCAAAUAGCUAUGCAACCAUAUCCAGAAGGCCAACCAUUGUGGGAAAUCCAUAUUAUCCAGUGUCCAACCAGUGAAGCCCAAGGAACCCUAAUUUUCAAGCUUCACCAUGCACUCGGGGAUGGCUAUUCUCUUGUGGGUGCUCUCUUGUCUUGUCUUCAAAGAGCCGACGAUCCCUCUCUUCCGGUAACCUUUCCCUCGGUCAAUAACUCCAGCUCAGUCAAUAAAGAUAACAGAAACAUUGGACUUCGGAAGGUGCUUAGCAGCUGUUUUUUGCCGCUUGUCGACACUGUAAGAGAUUUCUGUUGGAGCGUCUUGAAAAGCACUUGUGUUGAGGAUGAUUUGUCGCCGAUUCGGUGUGGCUCGGAAAAAUUCCGGCCUUUUUCAGUGUCGACAAUCACGUUCUCAUUGGAUCGUAUCAAAGACAUCAAGUCUUGCCUUCGAGUGACCAUCAACGACGUGAUAACGGGAGUAAUCUUCUUGGCGACUCGAUUGUACAUGCAAAGAGCAAGCCCAAACUCAAACCUGAGCACCAACUCCACAGCGCUAGUGUUGCUGAAUACGAGGAAUUUGCGAGAUUACAAGUCCCUGAGAGACAUGGUUAGACCUAAUUCCAAGUCACCGUGGGGAAACAAUUUUGCAUUCUUGCAUGUGCCGAUACCGAAGGUGAAACCGGGCGAUUCUCAGUUCUCUGAUCCUUUGAAGUUUGUCCACAAAGCUCGUGAGGUGAUCAAGAGGAAACGGAGCUCCUUCGGUGUAGUCCUCACAGGGAAGCUACUUGAGAUCAUGAAAAAAUGCAGAAACGCAGAGGUAGUAGCAAAGCACAUCAGCAGGACAUUGAGAAACUCGAGCAUGGUCAUCUCCAACGUUAUGGGGCCAUUGGAGAAAUUGUCUCUGGGUAAUCAUCCUGUUAAAGGCUUGUACUACAUAGUCGCCGGCGGACCUGAGAGUCUCGACGUAACGAUCUUCAGCUAUGCGGGAAAUCUGAGAGUAGCUGUGCGAGCUGAGCAAGGCUUCAUAGACUCCGAGCUGUACACCCGCUCGCUGCUUGAUGCGUUUGACAUGAUCCUUCACGAUGCAUGUGGGAAGUAGUAGAAGCCAUUCCCAUUCCUAUUAUUCCACUGUGCAACGCCUUCCAUGAAACCCUAAUUCUAUUUCCCUUGUUUUUGGCAAUGAUAUUGUUCAAGUGGAUGAAUCGAGAAAUCGAGUCUUGGGGAGCCAAACUAAUCCCAAAACGAGGUCUCAAGUUAAAAAUUUAACGCGUGACCUGUUAUCGCUCUUCCUGUUAAAA